AUGGAUUUACUACUGAUUACGUGUGUCUUAGCAUCGAUAACCUGUACGUAUUGUUUUUUUCACCAUGUAUAUAAAGUUAUAUUGCUUAUUGUGAUGCAAUAUUAACUUUUUUUAAAAAAAAAUAUAUCUUUUUCAUUCAGAUGUUGACUCACAAACUCCACUCCUAACACCAACUAUGCUGUCAGUGAAUAAAGGAGAAACGGCAACUUUUAACUGUGAUGUUGGAGUUAAAAACAAUCAUGCUACAUGGUUCGUGAGACAGUCACCAGGAGAGGCUCCACAGUUUUUGCUAUAUCAUCAUCAUUCAUACACAGAACCUAGAUAUGGACCUGGAAUGUCAUCCGCACAUUAUGGCUGCACUAUAAACAGUGCUGGGACACAGUAUCAACUAAUUAUCAAAAACACUGACACCUCGGAUACUGUGUUAGUUUACUGUUAUAAAUGGUAUGAUAAUGUAGGAGGACACUGUGAUACACAGCUGAACAAAAAGGCUGCAGAAGUUGUGAGACAUUCUUAA